CACGCCCAUUUCUCAAAACCAACGCAAAAAAGCAAACGCAAAGUCCCUUGUUUUCUGUUUUCUGUGAUUCUGUGACUUUGAGGUCAUAGCCACACAAAAGUGAGCGAUUCUACCAUGGAGCUCAUUCCGGGUCUUCCAGACGAUCUGGGUCUUGAAUGUCUUAUUCGGACCCCCCAUGAACACUUCUCCUCUGUUUCAUCGGUCUGUCGGAGAUGGAAGUCGGAGAUUCAGCUGCCGGAGUUUUGGAUUCAUCGAAAACUCGCCGGACUCAGCCAGCGAGUCGUCGUCAUGCUCCAAGCACGGGUUAACCCGACCCAUAUAAUCACCGGACCAAAAGGUACUUCUCGCAAGUUUUCAAUUAAUCCGGUUUACCGGCUCACGAUCUGUGAGCCGGAAACGGGUAAGUGGAGUGAGCUCCCCCCCGUGCCCGGAUAUUCAGAAGGGUUGCCCAUGUUUUGUCAGCUUGCGGGUGUCGGGUUGAAUCUUGUGGUGAUGGGUGGGUGGAACCCGGUUACGUGGCAGGUUUCGAACGCGGUGUUUGUUUAUGAUUUUGUGUCUGCCACGUGGAGGCGUGGGGCCGAUAUGCCAGGUGGGCCGAGGUCGUUCUUUGCUUGUGCGUCUGAUUUUGAUCGGACGGUGUUCGUUGCAGGUGGACAUGACAACGAGAAGAAUGCAUUGAGAUCCACGCUGGUGUAUGACGUGACAAAAGAUGAGUGGAUCCAACUGGCUGACAUGGCAAUGGAUCGUGACGAGUGUAACGGAGUAUUUUAUGCUGGCAAGUUCCAUGUCAUCGGUGGGUACAACACAGAGAUGCAAGGUCAAUUCAGUACAAGUGCUGAAGCAUUCGAUGUUGCCACCUGGCAGUGGGAUCAUGAAAUGCAAAAUGACUUCUUGGAAACUUCCACGUGUCCAAGCACUUGCGUGGACGGUGGGGAUGGGAAAUUGUACAUGUGUCGGUCUAAUGAUGUGGUGGCACGUAAGAGUUCCACAUGGCAAGCAGUAGCUGAGUUGCCUGCUGAGGUGCGAAGUAGUACAACAUACAUGACAACGUGGCAAGAUAAGAUGUUGGUGAUUGGAUCCCCGAGAUUUGGUGAGGCCCACAAAGCUUACGUGUUAAAUUUGAAGGAUUACACGUGGGCAAAAAUAGAAAUGCCGGAGGAGUACACUGGCCAUGUUCAAUCCGGUUGUUGGCUUGACAUCUAAUUACAACCCAAGAGUUUAGAGCCGAGUUGUGAGUAGGCUCAUCAUUUUGGUUCCUAAUUUUUGCGUGACAUUGUGAAAUACCAGCAAUGUAAUUCUAGGCCAAGUUUGGCAAAUUAAAAAAAAAUUACUCAAAAAGUUAAAAA